CCAACUGGCAACACUACACGAGAAAAACACGUGUCGAAGGAAGUGCAGAUCACCCACCUAGAAGGACUAUUACAUUUUAAUACACAUACAGAUAUUCCUACAAAGAACAAGAAUAAUAAAUACAAUUUGGAAACUACGAAGAACUACUGAAAUAGUUCCUGAGAGUAUAGACCACAGUGUUGUCUAAAAAAAAAAAAAAAAAAAAAAAAAAAUAUAUAUAUAUAUAUAUAUAUAUAUAUAUAUAUAUAAAAUAAAGAAGAGAUCCAGAGGAUAUAGACGCGAGUCUAAAACCCUAUAAAAGAAGAAGAAAAAAAACAUUUCCAUCAAGACAGAAACAUUCGAAAAUAAAUCGUCAUGGAUCAAACAGAAGGUGUCACCUUGACGAAGCAAAUUCUAAAUAAUUUUAUAAUGAAGAACAAGCCUAUAGCAUGUAAAAGUAAAAAGUUUGUCAUUGACAAACUCAUCCGUCAGGUUAAAAAGCUACGACAGAAAAAGGCUAAGUCAGAAGAGCAGAAAAAGUUGUUUGAGAGGAAGGCAGAUCGACUUGUUGAAGAAGCAGUUAUUCUGAAGAGAAUACGGGCAGCCACUGUUUUGAAAUUUGGUCUCUUGAAUAAGAAGUCUUUUGCCAGGGUGGUUUCAUUACCAGACUGUAAGAUAGAGGAGCGGGCAUUAUGCAGACUUAUGGAACAGAAACACUUACAUGAGGUUGUCAGCAGUUUCAGAAGAAAUUAUCCUAAAUAUGAACAAGAAGUUCCACUGAUAUUACAGACUCUUGGAUUACAAAAAAUUGAUAAUCGAAAGAAGAAAAUCUCAAUACUCACAAAAUGGGAUAAAUUAGACCCCUAUCUGCAGACAGAGGAGCUUAAUGUCAUGAUUAUGAAAGAUCUAUUAGGCAUUGAUAUCAACACUGGUAUUCUUCGAUUCUGUAAAGGAAAGAAAUUUGAAGAAUUGGGUAAAAUCAAUGGAAGAGACAGGGAAACUAAGCAAAAGGUUGAUGCACAGAUUAAAAAUAGAAAUGUGAAUAAUGAUAACAUAGAAAAACAAGAUUUAACAAAGAUUAAAGAUAGUACCAACAAGUGUAACUUGAGAAUAGUCACUGGUGAUGAUAAAUCUAAUCUUGAUAUCAGUGUGAGUCCCAUUCAUGAUCAGAAUGAAGGUGAGGUAAAUGAAUAUGAAGAAGAGGGAAAUGAAGAAGACUCUGUUGAUCAAGGUGAGAGCAGUGAUGUUGAUGAGGAAGAUAGUGAAGAUGUUCUGCAUCAGGAAGAGGAAGAUAAUGAUGAUCAUGAAAAGCAAGAUCUUCAUCAGGAUGAGGAAGGUAAUAAUGUUGAUCUUGAGGGGGAAAGUCAUGGUGAUAAUUCUGAGGAUGAUAGUGGGGAUAUUGAGCAGAAUGAUGACUGUACUAAAAAUUCAAGUGAUAUAUGGGAGUAUAAUAAGUCUGAGAAAGUUGGUGACAAGAUACUGAUGAAGAGAAAGUUAAUUGAGAACUUGUCACUGUGAUGAUGACU